AUGUCCAAAGGUUGCUCCCGUAAUGCGAUCGUUACGACGUCGCUGCCAGUGGAGAAAACUAUGAGUACAAGGGAAGUGCACCAAGUGGAGGAUGUAUUCGUUCAGGUCCGACAUGGAGGACGAAGACAUGACAGUCAUCGGAAUAGGCAGGUGAUCGGUGGUGGGGGAGAAAGAGGAAAGUUGGGAAGUAUUCCCCGCGAGUCUAGGGGAAAGAAUCCUGGGGAUAUCUUGAUCUCAAACAGUUUCGGAAGGUUAGGUGCAGAUUUGGAUAAUAUGGAGAUACAGGAGCAGAAUAAGGAGAAUAUACCCACUCCUAAUAUUCAGUACCCGGUGCAGAGUACUGAGAAAGGCACCGGUUUGGUGUUUGGGGCGGGUUCGGUUCAACCUUUGAAUCGAAAUUUUUCAAAUGGGAAUCAAGUGAAGAGACGUGGGCUUAUCAAAAACCAAGACAAGAAUAAGCCCAAGCUGAUUAAUUCACCAAAGCCCACGAGGGGAUUAAUAUUUAGCCCAUUAAAGGAGAUAUAG